AUGAUUCUAAUAAUUCUAAAUGACGUGCUACGAAAUCUAAUGAAAGAGAAGAGGGCAAAUUCAUCAGAUCUGCAUCUCGAAACUGUCGUGAUGCACAGUGCCUCCAAGAUAAUAAAUAGAAAUCACGACAGGAAACAAAUUUGGAGAGCAAUGAAAGUGUCAGUCUUUCAAAUGAUCUAUGAAGGUUGCCGCUUGGCAUUACUUUUAGCAGUCGAAAGAGCAAAAGGAAUGAGCAAAAGAGAACUACAAAUUUUCGUCAUCCUUUAA